AUGACGGAAGAUCACGAUGAACAUGGCAUUGAACGCAAUCGUAUUAAUGGUUCAUAUGAUUUAAAAUUGGAAGAUUUUGCCUGUGCACUAUGUAAGAAAAUUCUUUGGAAGCCGGUUGUUUGUAAGAAUUGCUCAACACCCUUUUGCUCGGCUUGUAUUGCGGAUCGAUCUGAUGAACAGUCAAAACAAUGUGUAAACGGAUGCGAAGAGUUUGUCGAAAGCAAAUGUCCUCGAUUUAUUUUACAACAGCUAGGCAGACUAAAUAUCGCAUGUGCUAACCAUCAACAUGGAUGUACAGAGAUCAUUGCUUAUGAAGCAUUAGAAGCACACGAAGCGGAAUGUGGUUAUCAACAGCAAUCAUGUCGUGGCUGUGAAACAGUAUUACCAAAAAAAGAUUUGGUUGAUCACGAAAAUAAGUGUGAUUUAUUCGAUUUGACAUGCUCUGAAUGUAAUAUGAAUUUCAAGAGACGCGAUACUGAUCUAUUACAUACGGAAUUUAAGUGUCUUAAAGAACAGUUUCGACAACUACGAAAUCAAUUUGAAACUAAUAAAAAUGCAACAAGCCAACAAAUUCAACAUUUAUCAAGCAUUCAUCAACAACUUCGAGAAGAGUAUGAAGCGUACAAGCAAUUGGCCGAAGAGCAAGUUAAACAAAUAAUCGUAAAAAAUUAUGAAUUUCAAGAAAAAUUUGAACCAAAUAACAAACCAACAAACGAAAGAAUUAAUCAAAUUGAGCAAAGUGUUCAAAGUUGCAAGCAAGGAUCAGAUGGAAAAAUUCAAGAUCUGAUCGAAACACUUGAAAAAUACAAAAAAGCUGAUAUUCGUUGUUAUUGUGGUGGUCAUUUUUGUCGUACAUGUGCUGGCUGUAGUGAUUGGAAGCGUGAUGGCAACAAUUGGAAACGUGUUGACUCUCAGGCCAUGAUUGAUAGUGAUCUCUGGUGUUUAGAUUUAUUGAAUAGGAGUGUUAUUUUAGCUUUACUUUAUGAAUUAGUAUUAAUCAAUAUUCCAAACACUUCAACAAUAUUAGGCCGUGAUAUGUAUUUAGCAUUCGAUACGAUUUCGAUCAAUGCAUCUUGUUUUGCUCUACCAAAAAAUCACUCCAAGUGUACUCUAUCAACUCCAGAAUUAGAAACGCCUAAACAAAAUUUGUUAAAUACGUUUCUAAUUGACUAUGUACUAAAGAGUCAAUCAAUAAAAGCAACAACAUCUUUCACGACUCUUCUUGAACAACUCAAUUCUAAUGCAAAUGUACAAUUACCAUAUAUUCUUCCAUAUGAAAAUACUGGACGUAAGAAUGUUACUACUAAAUAUGAUUUCACUCGAGCAGUUGUUACCAUCGCUCAUCUCAUACCGUUAAAAAAUGAAGUGAUUGUAGCAAGUGGUUUUGCAGUACUAGAUGGAGGACUUAUUGUUACAUGUGCACAUACAUUUUAUCAAGCUGCUCGACAUCUCUCCUGUUCAGAACUUGAUCAGAAGUCACAAUCAAUAGUAAUAACUGAUGAAGGAGAACUGAUUCCAGUUGCAACAGUUGAAUCACAUUUAGUUCGAUCAGAUAUAGUUUUACUUAGGUUACAAGGAGGACGACAAAUUCCAUCCUUAGCAGUCGAUCCAUAUCCUGCACCAAAAUCUACGUCACUACUAUCAUAUAACUUUGUAACAGCAUCUCUCACCUCAACUUCUCGUCCUACUAUUUCAUAUUCAUGGAAACCAGCAGAAGUCUUAUUUUAUAAAGGUCCAUACGGCCAAGAAGCAGCAACCGGUACAUAUGAUGAAUUGAGUGCUAUGAUGUAUUCACAUCCACCUUCAAAUGGAUCGAGUGGUGGACCAAUCGUGAAUGAAGAAACAAAGAGUGUCGUUGGAAUUAUUCGAGGAAGUGAAGUGAACUAUGCCACUAGGAAAUCUAUUGGUUUUGCUACGCCAAGUGAAUGUUUAUUUGAAGCUUUCAAAUUACCUGGCAUGCCUGAUGAAUUGGAAUAG